GUGUGUGCAGUGCGUGCUGGGGGCUGCAGCACCCCCCCGGGACCGGGGCUUUCCCACGGCCACGGCAGCUCGCAGGCGGGGGGAUGAUAUGGGGAUACGGGGAGGAUAACGGGGGAUGCACCCCCGGACCCCCCCCGCCGUGCCCGGGCCUCCCGGGGCGGAGCGGGGCUGGACGAGGCGGGACGGGGCCGCCCCUUCCAGCGCCCCCCCUCCUCGCCGGGGCCGCCUCCCUCGGGCGCGCGUCUGCCCGCGGCUCCGCUCCGCUCUCCCGGAGCGCCGCAGCCGCCACCUCCCGCUGGGCCCGGGCUGAGCCGCGCCGGGCCAUGGCCUCGUCGUUGCGCUGCGCGCUGCUGUGCGCGCUGCUAUGGGCGCAGCGCCCAGCGCCCACCCGCGCAGGAGGGUGCAGUGAGCUGAAGCUCUGUGAGACGUGCACGGGCAGCCCCACCUCACACAACAGCACUGGCUGCAUCUGGGUGCACUGUGGGACCCCCGAGGAGCCAGAGAAGGGGAGCUGCGCGCAGAGAGGGGUGGCAGCAAGGGAGACCUGUGUGCUCUACAACACCAGCACCCAGUGCCGAGCGCUGAAGUUCCCUACUGAAGAGCCUCCACGGUCCCAUAACAAGGAGCCAACAACGACACAUGCACCAAGGACCACCAGCACGAGCCCCCCGUUGACGGGCAGCCCUGAGUUCCACCCUCCUGGCUUCGACACAGCCAGCUUCAUUGGUGGCAUCGUGCUGGUGCUCAGUGUCCAGGCUGUGGUCUUCUUCAUCAUCAAGUUCAUCAAGUCCAAGGACAGCACCUACCAAACACUAGAGGACAACCAGUAGGUCCUGGGUGCUGGUGGCGAUGGGAAGGCGGCUCCCCCCUGCACCCUCAGAGCUUCACCCUUCCCUGGCCCGGGGGGGUCAGGGGGUGUCGUGGCCCCUCUCCUGGUUUGCAUGAGGGGUGUUUCCCAACUGGUUUGCUGUUUUCCUGGAAGUCGUUAGUGGUGGAAGGAAAAGGGGGGUCCCCCCUUGUCCCCCUAUAUGGAGCGCCUGGAUGGAGCCAAUGCACCGCCCCUUGGCACAUCUGUGUCCCCCUCCCCACCCUGGGCAUCCCCUUCCCCAUUGCCUCCCCUCAGCUAUGGGGCUCACCAUAGAGGGGUCUUGCUGUGUGCUUUUGCUGUGCCUCUGAUUUGCUGUGGGGGUGUUUGGGGGGGUCCCUGCCCCCUCCCCGUGUGUUGUUUGGGGAGGGGGUGUGUGCUGUGUGCUGUGGGGUGACACUUGUAGCUCGGGCUGCCCCAAUUAAACUCUGUGAGGUGGUGUCUGUCUCAUGUCCGGCGGGGCCGUAGCUGGGGGGGGACAGAAAGUGCCCCCAUCCCUCCUCCCACCCAACUCUUAGGUGCAGGACCAGCCCUUCCCCAUGGCAUUGCCACCGCACUUGGAUACCCCCCCGCAUCCCACUCCCUGGGGGGCUGCAAAGGGCUGGAUCCCCCACCCCAGGCAAAGCCUCCCGGGCGCUUUCUGCUACCUGCUCUUUGUCCAUUGCACCAGGAUCUGAGGCCAUCAGGCUGGGGAGAUGCUGCCCUCGUCCUCCAUGGGGCAGGCAGAGAAGAGGCCGGUGCUGCCAGCAUCCCUGCCAGCAUCCCUGCCUGCAUCCCUGCCUGCAUCCCUGCCUGCAUCUCUGCCUGCUGCCAGCAUCCCCGCCCGCUGCAGGACGCUCCCCCCCGUGUGGCCACAGGGCCCCACAGGGCUCCACAUCACAACUAUGCAACUGGCUCCUCCCUGGGGGGCACCGCGGUGGGACGCGUCACCCAGUGGGUGCUCCAGGGUUGUUGCACCCAACGUGGUAGAGGGAUGCAGCCAGAUGCAGGGGUCCCAUCCAGCCCUAAAUCCAAGCCUUGAGGGCAUCAGAGAGCAUAUGGCCAUGGCUGGAAGCAGGGGGACCCUGGCACAGAGGGGACAGAGACCCAAUAAAGGAUUUUCCUCCUA